AUGCCGAGUGAGCGAAAUUCACCGUUCAGACCGAGCAGCAGGCAGGAGAGUUUGUUGCCCCAAUGGAGCCGGGAUCAAGGGGUUGGCGGGAGGGGAGCCACGGAUGAUUUAGAGGGGAGGAAUGAUGAGCGGCUAGAAGGACUUGUGGGGAGGGUGAAGAUGUUGAAGGACUUGAGCUAUGGGAUAGGAAAGGAAGUGAGGGAUUCAGCCGUCCAGUUCACCGAAAUGAAUGACGCCUUCGCAGAGACGGGCGGGAUUCUCACAGGCACUUUCCAUCGUCUGAACAAAAUGGCAAAACGACAAGGUGGCAACUGGUGCUGGUUUAUUAUGUUCCUCGUGUUCGUCUUUUGGAUAUUUGUGGUUACCUGGUGGUGGCGCCGAUGA